UUCAUAUGCAUACCUAGUCAAACAUCAUCACCACUACCCUCCUACACAAUGACAAGCCACCGGAAAAUCCUGAUUGUCGCGUACCCACGCCAAGGCAUGAUCAACCCAUCUAUCCGCCUAGCAAACCGCCUCAUCAUAAUGGGAGCCGAGGUCACCUUUGCCACCAGUAUAUUCGGCAUACACCGGGUAAACAAAGAAGCCAUCCCUCAUGGCCUAAUCUUGGCUCCUUUCUCUGAUGGCCAUGACAACGGCGUACAACAAACAACCACCAGGCAACAAAACUUUUCUGAUUUUUCAACAAAUGGUGCUUCUGCAAUUACAGAAAUCCUCAAAUCUGCUUCUGCAGAAGGCCAUCCGUUUGAUAACUUAGUCUACACGAUUGUCGUACCUUGGGCAGCCAAGGUGGCAAAUGUUAAUGGUGUCAAAUCCACUCUUCUAUGGUGCCAACCAGCUACUGUCUUAGAUAUAUACUAUUACUAUUUCAACGGCUAUGAAAGCUUGAUAUCAAGUAAUAAAAACAACCCGAGUUAUCCAAUCAAUUUACCUGGUUUGCCACCUCUAACAAUAGCUGAUUUGCCAUCGUUUUUCUUGCCGUCUUCCAAACCAAAUGAACAAGAUUUUAUGCUGCAGAUUCUAAAAGAUCAUAUUGAUGUACUGAAAAUAUCUCCAAAAGUACUUGUUAACACAUUUGAUGAGCUAGAAUUCGAGUCCAUCAGAGCAAUAAAGAAGCUUGAGGUCCUUCCUGUUGGACCCUUAAUUCCGUUGGAUGGAAAAGGACUUUUGGACAAUUGCAUACAAUGGUUAAACACAAAACCAAAAUCGUCGGUUGUGUAUGUAUCCUUUGGAACACUAGGUAGUUUUUCCUUGGAUCAAAUGGAGGAGAUAGCAACGGGGUUACUGGAAAUAGGCCGGCCGUUUCUAUGGGUGAUAAGAGAUGUUGAGCAAGCAAAAGGAUUGAGCAAGAUAGAGGAAUUGGAAAAAUUCGGAAUGAUAGUGAAUUGGUGUGCUCAAGUUUUAGUUUUGAGCCACCAAGCAGUUGGGUGUUUUCUGAUGCAUGGUGGGUGGAAUUCAACGAUAGAGGCAUUGGGGGCUGGCGUACCUACAGUGGUUUUUCCACGAUCGAGUGAUCAAGGGACUAUUGGGAAGAUGUUUGAAGAUGUGUGGAAAACCGGGGUUAGGGUGAAGAAAAGGGAGGGGGAUGAAAUGGUGGAAGGGAAAGAGAUCAAGAGGUGUGUGGAAUUGGUGAUGGGAGACGGUGAAAUGAAAAGAAAUGCUGACAAAUGGAGGGAUUUGUCGAUUGAAGCUCUCAAAGAUGGUGGAUCGUCUGCUAUCAACCUUAAUGCUUUCUUGACUCAUGCUUGAAAUCAAAUGUAAGAAUAACAAAAAUGUGUUACAAUUUGUAGACCCUUUUUUUUAUAUGAUUUAACUUGAUUUUGGUUUCGGUUUCA